CAGAGGGGGACAGGGGAUGGAACCGACUCUUCCACUGAAGUACUUGGCUUGUGUUAAAUAGAGGGGACGCCCUGUCCAAGCUGCUAGGCAGGAGAGAGGUGUUUGGGGUACAGGGCACCACGUGGGACCUCUGCUGCAUGAGGUCGUUAAUACCGCUUGGGCUGGGAAGGGGUCGGGUGGGUGCUGCUUGGAGGAGACGGUGAGAUCGCGAAGAAGAGGACGCUCGGGCCAGGCAGAAGCUUCUAGAGUGGCUGCACGUCCAUGCGGACCCCACGUGCUGUUCAGGCAGGUUAAACAACUUACUUUCUUCCUUGUUCAGGGCGGUGCCCGAAGCCCUUGAAGGUUGUGGUGACACGGCGAUCCCUGCAGGUCGAGGAUGGGUAUCACACUGUUAUCAACUUCUCCAUCAGACACCUGCAAUACCCUCCACGCGAGGAGCUGAUGGUGGUCUCUCUGCCGGCGGGAUACCUGGUGCAUUCAAGUGGGCCCAACAGCUGCAGUCUGACCUACCUGGCUCAGGUGGAUCCAAAAGGCCUGCGUGAAAUACCCUGCCUGGAAGCAGCAGCACGACGCUAACAUGAAACCCUGGCUGUACCCUGAGCAGAACAAGCUUCCUCUCUUGGCGCAGCGUGCUGCCUCGCUGGAGAACGUCGAUGAGAGCGGCCUGUCCGAAGUGAAGGAUGAGAGGGGCGACCACAGCAGUUGGGAGAACUGAUGCUGCUUGUGUCGCUGCAGGGAGGAAUGUUACGUAGUGCUGCUCAGGCGCAUCCAGUCUUUUACAAUAAGGUAGGGGGGAGCUUUUAAAGAAAAUCUCUGUGUUUGUAGCCUUUUCUCUCAAGACGUGACUGUGUGGGUCCGAGCACACCAGCCCCGCUCAGCACCGAGACUGAACUGGGCCAGGAGCACACGGGCCGCCUGUACCGACCUGCCUGAGUUAUGCUCAGGGAGAGGAGCUGCACGGGCGUCCGCGGUGACAGAAAAAUGGUGAGGGAAGAUGAAAAGGUGAUCCCGGUGCGUGUGGCGCUGCGCUGCCGCCCUUUGGUGCCGAAGGAGACCAGCGAAGGGUGCCAGAUGUGCUUGUCCUUCGUGUCGGGAGAACCGCAAGUGGUCGUAGGUAACGAUAAGUCGUUCACGUACGACUAUGUGUUCGACCCUUCUGUUGAGCAAGAGGAAGUCUUCAACACGGCUGUUGCCCCUCUCAUACGAGGCAUCUUCAAAGGGUAUAAUGCUACUGUCUUAGCCUAUGGACAGACAGGAUCUGGAAAAACAUACUCUAUGGGAGGUACCUACACUGCCAAUCAAGAGCAUGAACCCAGUGUGGGGGUCAUCCCUCGGGUAAUCAAACUGCUAUUUAAGGAGAAGGAGCAAAGGCAGGAUUGGGAAUUCGUCCUCAAAGUUUCUUAUCUAGAGAUCUACAAUGAGGAUAUUCUAGACCUGCUGUGCCCCUCAAGAGAACGGUCUUCUCCAAUCAGUAUACGGGAAGAUCCAAAAGAAGGCAUAAAGAUUGUAGGGUUAACGGAAAGAAAUGUCACCUGUGCCCAAGAUACUGUAUCCUGCCUGGAACAAGGGAACAAUUCCAGAACAGUGGCCUCCACGGCAAUGAAUUCCCAGUCCUCACGGUCCCAUGCCAUCUUCACCAUUUGCAUUGAUCAGAAGAAGAAAAGUGACAAGAACAGCAGUUUUCACUCCAAGCUACACCUGGUUGAUCUUGCUGGCUCUGAGAGACAAAAGAAGACCAAGGCUGAGGGAGACAGACUAAAAGAAGGCAUCAACAUAAACAGAGGUCUCCUCUGCCUGGGGAAUGUAAUUAGUGCUCUUGGUGAUGAAAAUAAAAAGGGUGGGUUUGUCCCCUACAGAGACUCAAAGUUAACAAGACUGCUGCAAGAUUCUCUGGGUGGUAACAGCCACACUCUCAUGAUUGCCUGUGUAAGCCCAGCAGAUUCCAAUCUAGAAGAAACUCUAAAUACUUUGCGUUAUGCUGACAGAGCAAGAAAAAUAAAAAAUAAACCAAUCGUCAACCUUGAUCCCCAGGCAGCUGAGUUGCAUCAUCUGAAGCAGCAGGUACAACAGCUACAGGUGUUACUGCUGCAGGCCCAUGGAGGGACCCUGCCUGUGUCUAUCAAUAGUAUGGCACCUUCAGAGAACCUUCAGUCCCUGAUGGAAAAGAACCAGUCACUAACGGAGGAGAAUCAAAAGCUGAUCCAAGGGCUGAGUGAGGCUGCUGGUCAGACAGCACAGAUGUUGGAGAGGAUCAUUCUGACAGAACAAGAAAAUGAGAAGAUGAAUGCCAAACUAGAGCAACUUCAGCAACAUGCUGUAUGCAAGCUUGAUCUGCAGAAGCUGGUAGAGACUGUAGAAGAUGAGGAACUAAAAGAAAACGUAGAGGUGAUUCGUGAUCUGCAGCAAGUGUUGGCUCAGUUGCAGAGUGAAAGUGCUGCCACAAUGGAAGCUGCUGCAGAGAUGGCAAACUCUGAACAGGAUGCUACAGCUGAAGCAGAAAUGGGCCAGGAUACCAAGAGAUCCUUGGAUGACUUUACCACUCAACAUGCCCUCCGUCAAGCACAGUUGUCCAAAGAGCUGCUUGAAUUGAAUAAAGCCCUGGCUCUGAAAGAGGCACUUGCCAAAAAAAUGACACAGAAUGAUAGUCAGCUGGAGCCCAUUCAGUCCAAAUACCAGACUGAUAUCAGGGAUCUGGAAUUGGAGGUCAGCAGUUUGCAAAAAGAAAAGGAGGAGUUGAUCCUUGCUCUGCAUAUGGCAAAGAAGGAUGUCAACCAAGCCAAACUGAGUGAACGGCGUCGGAAGAGGCUUCAGGAGUUGGAAGGGCAAAUAAAUGAGCUGAAGAAAAAGCUGAAUGAGCAAUCGAAGCUCUUAAAGCUGAAGGAAUCUACGGAACGCACUGUCUCCAAACUGAACCAGGAGAUCAAGGAAAUGAAAAACCAAAGGGUACAGCUGAUGCGCCAAAUGAAAGAUGAUGCUGAGAAAUUCAGGCAAUGGAAACAACAGAAGGACAAGGAAGUGAUCCAGCUGAAAGAACGGGAUCGCAAGAGACAAUAUGAGCUCCUCAAGCUAGAACGAGAUUUCCAGAAGCAGGCCAAUGUACUUCGGCGCAAAACAGAAGAGGCAGCAGCUGCUAACAAGCGCCUAAAGGAUGCUCUGCAGAAACAACGGGAGGCUGCAGAUAAACGGAAGGAAAGUCAAAAUCGGGGAAUGGAAGGAGUGGCUGCACGAGUAAAAAGCUGGCUUGCAAAUGAAGUAGAGGUUCUUGUUAGUACUGAAGAGGCUCGACGGCACCUUGCAGACCUUCUGGAGGACAGAAAGAUCUUGGCACAGGAGCUCCUUCAGCUUAAAGAGAGCAAAGAGGCUGGGGAAAAGCUACCUCUAAAGCUCCGGAGACGUACCUACACCGCCACAGACUUCCAGGAAGCAGAGGUGGACCUUUCCAUGUCAAAGCAGAUAGAAAGCCUGGAAACUGAGAUGGGGCUCAGGAGUGCCCAGAUAGCAGAUCUACAGCAGAAACUCUUAGAUGCAGACAAUGGAGAUCGCACGAAACAGCGUUGGGACAGUAUUGCAACAAUUCUAGAGGCUAAAUGUGGUUUGAAGUAUCUCCUUGGAGAGCUGGUCUCCUCAAAAGUGCAGGAAAGCAAGUUGGAGAGCAGCCUUCAGCAGAGUAAAGCCAACUGUUCAGACAUGCAAAAAAUGCUGGUUGAAGAGCGAAACCACAUAGUGGAGAUGGAGGCUGAGUUCCAAAAUCAGCUUUUGGUGCAGGAACAGCACCACCAGGAGAAGGUUCUGUACCUGCUUAGCCAGUUUCAGCAAAAAGAAGCAGCAGAGAAGAAAUUGGAAGAUUCACUAAGUGAGCAAGAGAAACAGCUGCAAGAGCGACUCAAGUUCCAGGAGGAAGAGCUGGAGAAAAUGAGGGAGAUCUGUGAGAAGAACCAAGAACUUCUCCAGGAGAAUGACACUCUUAAACAGAAACUGCUGCUCCUCCAAGUUGCCAGUGGACAGAAGCUCCGCCACAUUCAGCAAAUGCCACCUGAGUCUCCAGAUUCUUCUUUUGAUUAUAUUCCACCCAAACCAAAGACUCGCCGGCAAACGACAGCAAAACCCCGUGCACCAACCCCAGAAAUGAAUGUGGAAGAGCUGUUCUCUGACUCAGAGGAGUCUGGAGCGGAGAUGGAGGAUGCAGACUGGGUUCCGGUAAAAGCAGUCAAAGGAGCAAAGAAAAGCAUGAUGGGGUGCUCCUGCAAGGGCCGGUGUGGAAAUAGACAGUGUGGCUGCAGGAAGCAGAAGGUGGGCUGCACUGAAGGCUGUAGCUGUGACUCGGCAAAAUGCAGAAAUAGAGACCCUGGCUUUCCGGAUGCCACACUGUGUGAGGACCAAACAAGGGAUUCUGAAGGUUCCUUCAAACUUGAAGACCCCACUGAAGUGACCGCAGGAGAGACCUUCUUUCAGCCUGUGUGCAUCACACCAACUACAAAGGUCCUGAAAGAGAUCACAGACCAAGAUAUGUUUGUGAAGAAGCCCAGCACUGCUGCUUCCCUGCUCGUGAGAGAUGAGGAGGCCCAAGAGAACCAGAUACCAUUUGUAAAGAGAAAGAAGAGAAUGCUGAGUAGCAAUACCAGCUUCUUCUCAGACGGGAUUAUGCAACAAUCCACCCAAGUGGUUGGGAGCUGCGUGCCGGCGGAGGUGUCCAGGCAGCAGCCGAGGUGGCAGGUCUCUCCUCGCCUUUCCCCAAUGCUUGUGCCUUGCUGGAAGGCGUGGGAGAAGAGCUGUAAAUCAGAAAAAUGGGUGUUUUUCUGAAGUAUUGCCUUAGUCACAUCCCCUUGUACUGCCCAGCUCCUCCUGUUUGGAUGCUGGGUUGACUAAGGGCUGUGCUGGAGACACCAGAAGGUGCUGUCCCACUGGGGCAGGGAGGUGGUGUGGGCUGCACGGGCCCCCCCUGGAGCACAAGUCACCCCAACGCCCAGCACUGUGGGACACGCUUGGGGCUUAAAUCAAGGCGAGCAUCUUCAUUUUGUGUUGGUGCGGUAUUGGGAGCCCAACAGGAGCUGAGGAGCUGCCCCGGGGAGCAAGGGGGC